CUUCGCCUUCAUUGCUGGAAGUGUUUGGAAAUAAUACUGAAUGAGUUCUGGGAAUUUGGUCCCUUUGGGGAGCACUGUAUUUAGGGUUCGAAACCAAGAAAUUUCCUGUUAUUUAAUUUUCAUGCAUAGCUAUAGAUAUGGCUAUGCGUAUUCCUGUUUUGGCUCGGUCAAAUGAAAAGGCAUUGAUGAUCGUUUGACAAAAGAUGGACACAAAAUUGGCAGUCUUUCUUGCUGCUCUUUUCUGUUUCUUUGCAGCAGAGUCUUCUGAAGUUAAUAGGAAAUUGAGGCAAAGCGUUUCAUAUGGAGGAGUCUCUGGGGAAGAUAAGGAUGCCAUCUCAACAGAUAUGGCUGAAGAAGCAUGGACUGAUUCUACAGACAAGUUAAAAGAAUGCGUAAAAGCGGUUCAAGGCAUAAAUUUAGAUGUCUUUCAGCCAUCAGCUAGUGAUGACAAUGGUGUCACAUUUGAUUCACCCUUGUUGGUGAAAUUAAGUAAACAGAAUGUCGCAGCUAGUCUUUCUUCGGAGAAGAAGGAAACUUCUAUGGAUUGCUUGAGAUAUAACAAACUACUGUUGCAAAAAUUAAGCAAUCAGCAAGAGACCAUACCCAACAAAUUGACAAAGUUGUUUUCUAGUUGGGCUAAGAUUCCGAGAAGGUACCUGAGGCACAAAGGUGGAAGGAUUCAAGUAUCAGGACCUGCUUCAUCCCCUGCACCUGCAUAUGAAGUGCCAGGUCCCUCUCCCUCUUCAGAUUCUCAGCCUCCUGCCAACAGGUAUCCACCUUCAAUUGCUGCACCCCCUGACCUUGCAUUAUCCCCUGAUUAUAUGUCCCCUGCACCUGUGUUUGAAGUGCCCACACCGGCUCCUUCUCCAGUUCUACCGUUUCCUGACAUGGUUCCUACACAAUCUCCUGCAACAUCUCCUUCACCCUCAGCUGCUGAUUCUCCUUCACAAGUAAUAGAUGAUCUUUCGCCUGGUCCAUCACCAGGUAGUGAUGCUCCUUCGCCAGUAAUAGAUGAUGUUUCGCCUGGUCCAUCACCAGGUAGCGAUGCUCCUUCGCAAGAAAUAGACGAUUUUUCACCCGGUCCAUCACCAGGUAGUGAUGCACCUUCGCAAGUAAUAGAUGAUCUUUCACCUGGUCCAGCAAGAGAAAGUGAUUCUCCUUCACAAUUACCCGACCAUCUUUCGCCUGGUCCAUCACAAGAAAAUGGAGAUGCUCCUUCGCAAUCACCAAACAAUCUUUCCCCUGGUCCAGCACGAGAAGAGAACAAUGACGACAAGACUAUUAUAGAUGCAAACAAUAUUUCUCCUGGUCCAUCGCAAGAAAGUGACAACAAACAUCACAAGUAUAUUACCGCCGCUGCAGUCACUACUUUUGUGGUAUUCUUUGCAUUUGUAGCUGCAUACAUAUUGUACUAUCCUAAGAAGAAGAAGAUUGAACCAAAGGAUGCACAAGGAGGUGCAGGGCAAUUUCAUUUGGGCUCCGGUAAUAAUCCUGCUGGUUCUGCACAGGAGUCUCAAGUCCCAAGUGCUCCAAACAAUAUGGAUGUCAAAGCCCCUUCAACCAAAAUCAAUUUAUCACAGGCAGAAUCUCAGUCAGUCGAAGCUAAUGCUGGAAUAGAUGGAGUAGCUGCUACAAUACUACUUUCCCAAGAGAAAACAGCAUGUGCACCCCCUAGACCACCUCCGGGGCCACCUCCACCGCCUCCUCCUAAACUCCCUGUCCGUGCUCCUGCUCCUCCACCGCCUCCUAAAGUUGGUCGGCAUCCAAAUCAGAGGGGCCAACAUGGUAACUCUUCUUCAGGAGGUAGAAAUGACCUUUCUGAUGAAUCAGAAGCUCACAAAGCCAAAUUAAAGCCAUUCUUCUGGGAUAAGGUUGCUGCAAGCCCCAGCCGCUCCAUGGUGUGGAAUGAAAUUCGAGAAGGGUCAUUUCAAGUUAAUGAGGAGAUGAUGGAAGAAAUCUUUGGAUAUGAUCCCGUGGAUAAAAAGAAAAGUGAAAAAGAUUCAUCAGCAUUACAAAUUCCACAGUUCAUCCAGAUAAUUGAUCCCAGGAAGUCACAAAACUUGGCAAUUGUUCUGAAAGCUUCAGAUGUAACAAAGGAAGAAAUCUUUGAUGCCCUCAAAGAAGGUAAUGAGCUCCCAGCAGUAUUAUGCCAAUCUUUGUUGAGGAUGGUUCCAACCUUGGAUGAAGAGAAAAAACUCAGAUCAUAUGAUGGGAAUAUUUCACAUCUUGGACCAGGCGAGAGGUUCCUAAAGGUUUUGAUUGCUAUUCCAUUUGCGUUUAAACGCCUGGAAUCGCUGUUGUUCAUAAGCACAUUCCAGGAGGAAUUUUCAUUUCUUAAAGAAUCCUUUGAAACUAUAGAGCUUGCAUGUAAGGAGCUCACAAACAGCAGACUAUUCUUCAAACUCUUGGAAGCAGUUCUCAAAACCGGAAACCGUAUGAACGAUGGCACUUACCGCGGUGGGGCUACUGCAUUCAAGCUUGAUGCACUGCUGAAGUUGUCAGAUGUAAAAGGAAUUGAUGGAAAGACGACGCUGCUUCAUUUUGUUGUCCAAGAAAUCAGUCGGACCGAAGGUGCUAGAGCUGCUCGAAAAUUACAAAAGAUUCAAAGCGAAUCCGGCGAAAGUGCAGAAGACAAUAAUGUGAAGUUUCCAGAAACAGAAGAAUUCUACCAAAGCCUCGGCCUUCAGCAGGUUUCUGGUCUGAGAAACGAGCUUGAGAACAUAACAAAAGCUGCAGUUAUCGAUAAUCAGAUAAGUGAAGCCGUGUCGAAACUCAGCCAGUCUCUUGCUCAGACAAAAGAAUUCCUCGAGACAGAAAUGCAGAGCCUAGAGGGAGAAAGUGAGUUCCGGAACACUCUUAUGGGCUCAACCAAUCAAGCCGAAUUCGAUAUCAAAUGGCUGAUGGGAGAAGAGAAGAGGAUAAUGGCUCUGGUGAAGAGCACGGCGAAUUACUUCCACGGUAAGGACGGGAAAGAUGAGGGGCUGCGACUCUUUGUAAUCGUUAGCGAAUUCUUGUCGGUUUUGGACAAGGCAUGCAAUGACAUACACAGCUCCUUAAAGCUGGCAAAGAAUGAGACAUCGUUGUCAUCAGCGGAGAGUUUGCCUCCUCAAGAGCCGACAAAGUCGGAGUCUUUAUCGGAUAUGCACAGACGGCAAUUCCCAUCAUUGAAGGAACAGCAGCAGACGAGCGAUGAUGAAUUCCUUUCCGAUGAUGAAAGUUGAUUUUUUUCUGUAUUUGGGACUACAAGUUUGUGCAAAAAUCGAAAUUGAAAUUAAAAUAGAACGUUAACUUUAGAUUUGCCGGAUAAUUAUUUCGAACUUUGGUUUGGAUUUACACAUCCCAACAAACUCCUUGUAAGAUAAACUGUUGUAGAAAUCAUUCAGACCAUUUAUUUCUGUACAAUUCAAGUAAGAAAGCCAUUGGACAAAUAUGUAGUAGUGAAUGUACUUCCUCAGAAGAAAAUUUCCAGUGUUUACUAAUGUGACUUAUC